CAUCGGGCAUCAGGCAGCGACCGAGGCAGCGGCAUCGGCAUCGGCAGCGACAGAGCCAGGCGGCACCGCAGCACGGUUCUUGGACUUUUUUAUUCGGUUGCGCGCCAUCGUCCGAGGCGGUCGCACAGUCCACGUGCCAUAACCGUAACCACAACCUGCCAGCCGUUCAAAAAAAAAACCCAAAACUCAAAUACGAACCGAAAACUGCCUUCACCAAGUACCUAACCUAAAAAAAAGCUGCCAAAAGAAACCAAAUACCAAAAAAAAAAAAUAUACAAAAAAAAAAAAAAUAAAAUAAAAAGAAGAAGAUAACCGAAUACCCCUUCCUACCACCUUGCACCACCACCACCCCCCCAGUAACCAGCACCACCACCACCCCCCCAAACCACAGCAUCCCGCAACGUUCGUCACGAAAAUGGGAUCGCCGGGAUCCCAAACGCCGCCGGCAUCCGCGAUCGCGAUUUCGUCCUCGAUCUCCUCCGGCCGAAGGAGUCAGUCGGGAUGGCUGCAACUGCUGCUGCGUGUCCUGGCCGUGGCCCUAGUCCUGAACUUGUGUCAUGCCCCGCUGACCGAUGCCAAGCAAAUUGCAAAUGUUAUUGAUGAUGAUAUGGACUUUAUGCUGGCCGAUGAGGCCUCCCUGCAGUCGAACAGCGACACUGCCCCCCUGGUCACCAAGGACGACUUCAAUCUCGACUCGGAACUCGAUUUGGACGGCGAACAAGCUUUGGAAGAGUCACCCAGCGGCAGCUGGUUCUCCCAGAGCGUCCAUCGUGUCCGACGCUCCCUGUCCCGUCUCUUUGGCGGCGAGGAGCAGCAGAAGGAGCAGUCCCGCAGCCGCCGAGGGUCCAUAGAACGGCAGAAGGAGCGCCGUCGCCAGGCCAAGGAGCAGCGCCAGCUGGAGACCCGCCAGCGCCAGGAGAUCAAGCAGCGCCAGCGUCAGGAUCAGCAGGCCAAGAGGCUCGCCCACGGACCCUUCAAGCGCUACUCCUUCGACGAGACCGAGGGCUCCGGCGCCGAGGUGGACCAGGAGCAGGAGUAUUUGAGCUACCGUGUAUCCUUCACCUUGAACGAGCCCUAUCAGGUGGACUUCAACGAUCCCGAAAGCGAUGCUUACCUUCAGCUCCAGAAGUCCCUGGAGGACGAUCUUCGAUCCUUCUUCGAUCGCACCUACCCGAACUUGGUGGACGAACUGGACAUCCGCAGUAUCCUGGUGCGAGCCGACCCCACGGAUGACUCCUUUAAGGUGAAUGUCCUGCUGAAGCUGCAGAUUCCCGAGCGGAUCACCGACUUCCGGAACAAGUUCCUCGACCAGCUGACCAACUUCAACCGAAUCGAGAAUCUGGGCGCCUUCGCCGAUGAGAACUUCGCCUUCGAAGAUGUCCAGGCACAAACUCCGGAGGGUAGUGCUGCCGCGGCCGAACCACGCGUGUCCUUUGACGGGGCGAAGCGUAUCCCGAACCUGAAUCUGGCCACCGAUGUGCCGGUAGCUCCUCCCUCCACUCCCAGUGUCUUUGAUGUGCAGCCGCGUGUCGACCUGACCAGCGGUACUAGGAUCUUCAACCUGAACCUGCAACCGGACGUGUCGCCGCCGGAGCCCACAACCACGACCACAACCCAGCGACAGGAAACAGGACAUUCGUGCACCAACAACUACUUCAUGUGCAGCAACGGCCAGUACGUGAUGUGCGACAGGAUCUGCAACGGAGUCAGUGAUUGCCUGGACGGUUCCGAUGAGAGUUCGUGCCCCUCCGAGUCAUCCCCUCCGUAUGGAGUUGUGGAGUCGCGUGCCUCCUUCUCCGGAGGGCGUCCGAUCAUUAAUCUGAAUCUGCACGAGGACAGCGAGGAGGCGGAAGUGUCCACAACUUCCAGAGUCUUCGAGGUCUCCGAGCCGGAGACAACAUCAACGACAACGACGACGGCACAGUCCCCUGUCCAGAAUAGACGUCCUUCGUGCACAGGAUACUCCUUCAUUUGCGACAACGGCCAGCACAUCAUGUGCUACAAGACGUGCAACAAUGUGGCGGAUUGCCUCGACGGUUCGGACGAGAGGUUCUGCGAAGCUGAAUCGGAAGUGGAAGACGGUCUGGGCAUCAACAAGUCGAUCCAGGAGACCACAAGCCCAAGCAUCGGAUACGAAGGCUCUGGCUCUGAGGAGUUCUCCAAUUGCCGAGGCGAUGCCACCUUCACCUGCCACCAAAGCGGCCGCAUUGUCUGCGACGAAGUGAUCUGCGAUGGCACCAGGGACUGUCCCGAUGGCGAGGACGAAGACAAUUGUCCCACCGAAAGUCAGGUUUGCAACGAUUCUGAGUUCAAGUGCGAUAACAAGUGUCUGCCGUUGAGCUUGCGAUGCGAUAAUCGAUACGAUUGCGAGGAUCAGACCGAUGAGGCAGGAUGUCAAUCCGUCUACCAGGAGACAAAACCAGACCCAGAACCUCCCCAGGAAUGUGCCUCGAACGAGUUCAGAUGCAACAAUGGACAGUGCAUUGACGAGAGGAGGCGUUGCGACUACAAGGUGGACUGUCCCGAUGGCGAGGACGAGAGCGAGGAUUGCCCCACCGCAUGCAGUGCUAUGGAGUAUCAGUGCAGCGACGGUACGCGCUGUAUUAGUGUUAGCCAGACCUGUGACGGUCGCAUAGACUGCACCGGAGGCGACGACGAGGAGCACUGCGACGGAAGUGGCGAUAACUACGAUGGGCAGUGUCGCAACAAUGACUUUCAGUGCAACUCCGGCGAGUGCAUUCCGAUGCGUCAGGUGUGCGAUAACAUUUACGAUUGCAACGAUAACAGCGAUGAAUUGGCCUGCGCACAAUCUGGUGAAGUAGAUCGUGUUGGUAUUCCGAUCGCUCGUCCGCCGUCCAACUGGAUCCACGUGGAGGACGAGGGCGACUACAUUCCCCAAAACACAUACCACAAGGCCAAUGCCAAGAAUCCCUGCCAGCCGGAUCAGUUCCGCUGCACCACCACGAACGUAUGCAUUCCCCUGCAUCUCCGGUGCGACAAUUCCUACCACUGCAACGAUCUGAGUGACGAGAUGGGCUGUGAGCAGUAUGUACGUCCGGUGUCCACCCGGCGACCGCCAAAGGUCACAACCCUCUCCCCCUGGGACAUACCCGACGCGUUGAAUCGACGAACCACCUCGACUAGAGCCCCACCCACAACGACAACCGGCAGGACAACCACGGAAGCACCACCAAGGCGACCAGCAGCGACCCAACCAUCGUAUCCACCCAUUGAAACCACAACGACUAACCCAAUAACCACAGUUGGCGUACUGAACAACUCAUCAUCAUCAUCCUCAUCCUCAUCGUCAUCGGUGGGGGGCGGAGGAAUCUGCCUCGAAAACACUGAAUUCGCGUGCCACAAUCGCGACUGCAUUCCGAUUGAGAGCGUCUGCGAUGGCCACCUCGAUUGCGACCACAACGAAGACGAGGACUAUGAGCUCUGCAACUGCAGUGGCGAUAUGUUCAAAUGCCUGCGAGGGGGACGUUGCAUUGAAAAGGAGAAAGUUUGCGAUGGCAAAUCGCAUUGCCUCGACGGCAGUGACGAGAGUGCUUGCCCUGGCCAUGGCAGGUUCAAUAAGAGCCGUCUGGGGGUUGAGUGUAUGAAACAUCAGACCCAGUGCGGCGAUGGCAGCUGCAUCGAGGGCUACAAGUACUGCAAUGGAAUUGUUGACUGCGCCGACGGCGCCGACGAAGAUAACUGCCCCCCCGACAACUACGUAGAUUAUGACUCCGACCCGGACAACAAUCCGCUGAAUGAAUGCGAUAUCCUACAGUUUGAAUGCGACUACGGUCGAUGCCUGCCAAUUGAGAAGAAAUGCGAUGGCAAAUUGGACUGUGACGAUGAAAUGGACGAGCUUGAUUGCCCGGCCUAUACAGACCAUUGUCUAAAGAACGAGUUCGAGUGCGACGAGUACUGCCUGCCACGCGAACAGCUGUGUAACGGUAUAACCGAUUGCCACGACGGCAGAGACGAGCGCGACUGUCACUUCUGCCGCGACGACGCCUAUCUUUGCAACACGGGCGAGUGUGUGACAGCCAAUCAGCGCUGCGACGGCAAUGCCGACUGCGCCGACGGCAGCGACGAGCGUCUCUGCGUGAACACUGCCCCACAACCGACAACACAACCACUACCACCACUACCAACACUACCAUCAUAUCCAAAACCGUUCAAGCCAUCCAAAAGUUGCCAGCCAAACGAAUGGCAGUGCGAUAAUCUCGAGUGCAUCGAUUCCAGGUUAUACUGCAAUGAUAUCGAAGAUUGCGCUGAUGGAUCCGAUGAGAUCUGCCUCAGCAAUGCCACGAACGUACUAACCCCCGGCGAUUGCACGGCCGAUCAGUUCUUCUGCGAUGCUUCGUGCCUGAAUCGCUCCGUCAGAUGCAAUGGGCAUAUCGACUGCUCGGAUCACAGUGACGAAAUGGACUGUUCCUCCCAUUCGUAUCCCGGAUCGGGAUCAUCGCAUCUGUAUCCGGUUGGACUGCCCUGUCCGCAGCACAAGUGCCCCAGCGGCAGGUGCUACUCGGAGAGUGAGCGCUGCGAUCGUCGGAAUCACUGCGAGGAUGGUUCCGAUGAGGCCAACUGUUGCGCCUCCAAUCAGUUCCGUUGCCAGAACGGUGACUGUGUCCCCGAACAUUCCGUCUGCGAUGGCAUCACCCAGUGCCGGGACGGAACCGAUGAACUCAACUGCGGUGGCUCCCACGAAUGCCUGCCCAGCCAGUUCCGCUGCAACAGUGGUCAGUGCGUAAGCUCGACAGCCCGCUGCAAUGGACGCACCGAUUGCAUGGACAGUUCCGAUGAAUACAACUGCGGUUAUCAUCCAGUGCCGACGAGUAGCCCCACCAUCAUCACCACUCUAACCACAACGACUGUGGGAACGACCAUUACGACCCCGCCGGCACCACCGCUGCGGAUCAUCUGCCCGCCCACUGCGUUCAGGUGCGACAAUGGGCCCUGCAUAUCCUUGGGGCUACGCUGUAAUGGACGAAUCGACUGUCCUUACGAUAGCAGUGACGAAACAGACUGCGGUCAGUCGGUCAGCAACGAAAUCGAUCCUGCUGAUCCCGGUACCGGACGUGGAUCCAAUAAAUUGAACCUGAAGACCUAUCCCGACAGCCAGAUCAUCAAGGAGAGAUAUAUUAGGGAGGGUCGCGAGGUCAUCUUCCGCUGCCGAGAUGAAGGUCCUGCCCGCGCCAAGGUCAAGUGGUCUCGUCCUGGCGGACGCCCCCUGCCUCCUGGCUUCACCGAUCGCAACGGACGUCUCGAGAUUCCCAAUAUUCGAGUGGAGGAUUCCGGCACCUAUGUCUGCGAAGCCGUCGGCUACGCCAGCUACAUUCCCGGCCAGCGCGUCACCGUCGACCUGAACGUGGAACGAUACAACACCGAUCUGCUCUUCCGGCCCUCUUCAGCCUGCUCCGAGUACCAGGCCACCUGCAUGAACGGCGAGUGCAUCGACAAGACCGGAAUCUGUGACGGAACCCCCGACUGCUCGGACGGAUCGGACGAGCAGAGCUGCAGUCACGGUCGCAAGUGCCAGCCCAAUCAGUUCAUGUGCGCCAACUCCAAGUGCGUGGACCGCACCUGGCGCUGUGACGGAGAGAACGAUUGCGGCGACAACUCUGACGAGGCUUCCUGCGACCCGGAGCCCAGUGGCGCCCCCUGCCGUUACAACGAGUUUGGCUGCCGAAGCGGACACUGCAUCCCCAAGAGCUUCCAGUGCGACGAUGUCAAUGAUUGUUUGGAUGGCACCGAUGAAAUUGGUUGCGCUGCUCCCAAUCCCAUCCGCCCGCCACCACCGCUGAAAUCUCUGCUGGAGGGCGAGACCCUGGACCUGACCUGCGUGGCCACCGGCAAUCCCACUCCGACCAUCGUGUGGCGCCUCAACUGGGGCCAUGUGCCCGAGAAGUGCGAGUCGAAGAGCGUGGGCGGCACCGGCACCCUCCACUGUCCCGAUAUGCGUCCGAGCGAGAGCGGCGCCUACUCCUGCGAGAUCAUCAACACCCGCGGCACUCACUUCGUGACCCCGGACACCAUCGUGACCGUCAAUCCCGUCCGCCACGAUGUCUGCAAGAACGGAUUCUUCAACAUGCUGGCCCGGAGCGCCGAUGAGUGCGUCAAGUGCUUCUGCUUCGGCGUGGCCGAGUCCUGCAACAGUGCCAACCUCUUCACCUACGCCAUCCAGCCGCCGAUCCUCUCCCACCAGGUGGUCAGCGUGGAGCUCAGUCCCUACCGCGAGAUCGUCAUCAACGAGGCGACUGGACAGGAUCUGCUCACCCUGCACCAUGGCGUCCAGUUCCGUGCCUCGAAUGUCCAGUUCGGCGGUCGGGAAACCCCCUACCUGGCCCUGCCCACCGAGUACAUGGGCAACCAGCUGAAGUCCUACGGCGGCAAUCUGCGCUACGAGGUCAGUUACAUGGGCCAUGGCAACCCUGUUAAUGGACCGGAUGUGAUCAUCACCGGAAACCGAUACACCCUCACCCAUCGCGUCCACACCAGUGCCGGCCAGAGCAACAAGAUCAGCAUUCCCUUCGUCCCCGGCGGCUGGCAGAAACCGGACGGUCGCCGCGCCACUCGCGAGGAGAUCAUGAUGGUGCUGGCCAAUGUGGACAACAUCCUGAUCCGACUCGGCUACCUGGACAGCACCGCCCGCGAGGUGGAGCUGAUCAACAUCGUCCUGGACUCCGCCGGAACGGCUGACAAGGGUCUGGGCAGUGUCGCCCUCGUGGAGAAGUGCUCCUGCCCGCCGGGCUAUGUCGGCGACUCGUGCGAGUCCUGUGCUCCGGGCUAUACCCGCCAGCCCGGUGGCUCCUGGCUGGGACACUGUGUCCCCUUCACCCCCGAACCCUGCCCGGCCGGUACGUACGGUGAUCCGCGACGCGGUGUUGCCUGCCGCGAAUGCCCCUGCCCCCAGAGCGGCAGCAACAACUACGCCAGCGGCUGCCAGCAGAGGCCGGACGGAGAUGUCGUCUGCAACUGCCACGAAGGAUACACGGGUCGUCGGUGCGAGAGCUGUGCCGCCGGCUACCAAGGCAAUCCCCUCAUCGGCGAUCCCUGCCGCAAGAUCCCGGAGUCGUCGUGCAACAUGGACGGCACCUACAAGAUCCUGCCCGACGGUGGCUGCCAGUGCAAGGACAAGGUCGUGGGCGAGCACUGCGACUCCUGUGCGGCCAACAGCUUCCACCUGAACUCCUUCACCUACGGCGGCUGCAUCGAUUGCUUCUGCAGCGGCCUGAACGUGGACUGCAGCAGCAGCACCUGGUCCCGCGACCAAGUGACCAGCACCUUCGAACACGCCCGCGUGGAUCAUGGCUUCCAGUUGGUGCGCGGCUACACGGGUCGGGAGAACGUACAGGCCCUGAGACUGAACCAAGUUACGACCGAGGGCCUGAGAUUCAGCGGAUCGGCGGAUAACAGUGGGGAUACCCUGUACUGGAGCCUGCCGGCCGGCUUCCUGGGCAACAAACUGACCGCCUACGGCGGAAAACUGAGCUACACCCUGAGCUAUAGCCCCCUGCCCGGCGGCAUUAUGUCGCGCAACAGUGCACCCGAUGUGGUGAUCAGGAGUGGCGAGGACAUGACCCUCAUCCACUACCGCAAGUCACCGGUUAGCCCCAGCGUCUCCAACACCUACGCCGUGGAGAUCAAGGAGAGUGCCUGGCAGCGAACGGACGGCCACUUUGCCGAACGCCCCCACGUCCUGAUGGCCCUCAGCGACAUCAAGGCGAUCUACAUCAAGGCCACGUACACGACCAGCACCCAGGAGGGCUCCCUGCAACAGGUCACCCUUGACACCGCCACCGCCACCAACCUGGGCACACCGCGAGCCGUCGAGGUGGAGCAGUGCCGCUGCCCGCCCGGCUACACGGGCAUCUCCUGCGAGACCUGCGCCCCCGGCUACCGACGCGAUCCCGAGGAGGGUAUCUACCUGGGCUACUGUGUGCCCUGCGAGUGCAACGGACACUCCAACCAGUGUCACAGUGAAACGGGCGAGUGUCUGGAUUGCGGCCACAACACGGAGGGACCGAGCUGCGACCGCUGCCUGCCCGGCUACGUGGGAAAUCCCACACGUGGAACUCCCUACGACUGCCAGCCGGACUCCGGCGGAUAUGAGCCACCACGACCGGAUCCGGAUGCAGGUAACCAGACCCUCGGCGAGUGCAGCGUCUACUGCCAGCCGGAGGGAACCGUCGGCUGUCGCGGCAACUACUGCCAGUGCAAGCAGAAUGUGGUCGGAGAUCGGUGCGACCAGUGCCGUCCCGGCACGUACGGACUGUCGCAACAGCAUCCGGAGGGCUGCAAGGAGUGCUACUGCUCCGGCCUGACCAGCCAGUGCCGCUCCGUGGAGCUCUACCGCCAACAGAUCCCCGUGGACUUCAUCAGCAGCCUGCCCCUGCUCACCGACAUCCAGGGCGAUGUCAUGGACACCCAGAACCUGAGCUACGACGUGGCCCAGAACAUGUACACCUACUCGCACACCUCCUUCCUGCCCAAGUACUGGAGCCUGCAGGGCAGUGUCCUAGGCAACCAGUUGCUCUCCUACGGCGGUCUCCUGCAGUACAGCCUGCUGGUGGAGUCAACCACCACCGGCAAGUACGAGCGCGGCCAGGACGUACUCCUGAUCGGCAAUGGUCUGGAACUGAUUUGGUCGCGACCCGACGGUGACUCCGACAAGGUGGAGAACUCUGUGCGCCUCAAUGAGGAUGAGCAGUGGCACCGACGGGAUAGCGGCGCUGCCCGCCCCGCCACCCGGGAGGACUUCAUGACCGUGCUGACCAAUCUCGAGCACAUUCUCAUCCGCGCCACACCCAUGGUGCCCACGGUGAGGACAUCCAUUGGUAAUGUGAUUCUGGAGACUGCCUCCCAGACCCCUGCCGGUCCUGGAGCUCAGUACGCCUCCGAUAUCGAGAUCUGCCACUGCCCCUCCGGCUACACCGGCAACUCCUGCGAGACCUGUGCCCCGCUCCACUACCGCGACCAGAGCGGCGCCUGCCGCCAGUGCCCCUGCGAUGCUGCCAACAGUGUGUCCUGCGUCCUGACCAGUGGCAACUACGUCCAGUGCCAGUGCAGGCCGCGCUGGAAGGGCGACCAGUGCCGGGAGAUCGACACAUCGCCCAUUAACGAAGAACCGCCCAAGAUAUGUGAUAUAAGCAGGGGAUUCUGUUGCAAUGGCUUUCAGUUCGAUAUCGCGCCCAAUGAGACAAUCUCGUAUAAUGACACCCUCCAGAUAAUUAAGGGCAACAGAAUCAUAGGAAAUAUAACCAAGCUGCGCUCCGGCUGUCGUUCGCGAGAAUCCUCUGAGCCCCAGCCGGGUCCGAUCCCCUCGCCGGACGUCGACGAACCAGUCCACACCCAGAUCAUCGUCUCGAUUGCCAAGCCCCAGAUCACCAUUAUCCCGGUCGGCGGCUCUCUGACCCUCACCUGCAGCGGUCACAUGCGCUGGAGCAAUGCCCCUGUGUUCGUCCACUGGUACAAGCAGAACAGCCGCCUGCCCGUGGGAUACGAGGUGAAUGGCGGAGACCUCUACCUCCACAACCUGCAGAUCCACGACUCCGGUGUCUACAUCUGCAAGGCCGUCAACAAUGAGACUAGCCACGUCUUCGAGGACACCGUUUCCAUCACCAUUUCCACUCAUGCCCAGCGCUCUCCGGCCACGAUUGUCAGCCUGCCCCAGACGGUGACCUUCGAGGAGUACCAGCCCAACCAGAUCGUCUGCGAGGUGGAGGGCAAUCCCACUCCGACCAUCACCUGGACGCAAGUGGACGGCCAGGCCGAUGCCUACAGCACCCGUACCCAGGGCAACAGGCUGAUCUUCGAUGCCCCGAGGAAGUCCGACGAGGGCCGUUAUCGCUGCCAGGCCGUCAACGAACUGAACCGCGACGAGAAGUACGUCCAUGUCUAUGUCCAGAGCAAUGCCCCGCAUCCCCCACCGGCUCCCGAUCGUCUGUACAUCACUCCGGAGGAGUUCAACGGCGUCACUGGCGAUCCCAUCCGGCUGACCUGCUCCUCUACGAGCGACGCCCGCCUGCGCUACGACUGGAACCACGACGGCUAUCCGAUCAGCUCGUCCGGCUCCCGCAACGUCAUCAUCAACGAGAACUACCUGGAGGUGAGGGAGGCCACUGUCCGGGACUCCGGCGUGUACACCUGCCUGGCCUAUGACCCGCGCACUCGUCGCAACUUCACGGUGGAUGCCCGCGUCUAUGUCGAGAACCGCGACCAGCCGCCAAUCACUGACGGAGCUAGUCCGGUAAUUGAGCCGCUGCAGCAACAGAUCCACAUUGUCCAGGGACGCGACCACAGCAUCACGUGCGAGGCCAACGGCACACCCUAUCCCUCCAUCAAGUGGACCAAGGUGCAUGCCCAGCUGGCGAACAACGUCCGGAUCAGCGGCAACAUCCUGACCAUCUACGGUGCUCGCCAGGAGAACAUGGGUCUCUACACCUGCAUAGCCGAGAACCCCAACGGCUCCGAUCAGUCCAGCACCUAUAUCGACAUUGAACCUCGGGAGGCGCCGAGCGUUAAGAUAGAUAUGCCCCAGCAGACCCAGACGGUGGGCGGCCAGUUGGCGCUCUACUGCACCGCCGUGGGCAUACCCGAGCCCCAAGUGGAGUGGGUCCGAGUUGAUGGUACCCCGCUAUCGCCGCGCCACAAGGUCGAGGCUCCUGGCUACGUUUUGAUUAAUGACAUUCUGGUGUCGGAUGCCGGUGACUAUCAGUGUCUGGCCAAGAACGAGGUGGGCGAAGCCAGUGGCGUUGCCACCGUCCGCGUCCUCGAGCCGCCAAUUGUCCAGAUCACCCCCAGCAACGAGGCCAUCAGCCUCACCGAGGGCGAUGAACUCCAGCUGACCUGUGUGGGCAGCGGCUAUCCCAGCCCCGUGGUCGAGUGGAGCCAGCACACCGGACUGAGGGAUCGCAACCAGCAGGGUCCCACCGGCAACACCGCCUACCUGAGGAUCUAUCGGGUCUCCCAGGCGGAUGCCGGAUUCUACACUUGCACCGGAACCAACGAAGCCGGCUCCGACCAGGCCACCGUUCGUGUGGAUGUCCGUCCCAAGCGCGGAGACAUCGGAAUAGGCGAUCCCGACUCGGAAACCAACCCGGAUCCCUACGAACCGCAUCCCUACCCGGAUCCCUACGAACCGCAUGGAGCCUACGAGGGCAGCCAGCUCCGCUUCCCCACCAGCCUCGGCGCCAACGUCACCCUCACCUGCAACAUCUCCCAGCACCUGACCCCCCACUGGGAGCGUGUCGACGGCACACCACUGCCCCCCAACGCCAUCAACGAUCAAAACCAGCUAACUAUCUACUUCGUCCAGCCGGAGAAUCUGGGCCAGUACCGCUGCAACGGACUCAAUGGCUAUGGCCAGAUUGAAUCGUUUGUGGUGCGGGAGCUGGUGUACCUGCCCCUGCCCGAGAUUGUGUUCUAUCCGCCGAUACCGCGCAGUGUGGAGAUCGGUAGCCAUCUGUAUAUCGACUGCCAGGUGAAGAAUGCCCGGGAGCAGGACGUCCACUGGGCCACCGACAACAAUCGACCACUCUCGAACACCGUUCAGAUCGACGGCACUGUCCUCCAGUUCAAUUCCAUUGCCCCGGCGGAUGCUGGCGGCUAUCGAUGCACUGCCUCCAACCAGUACGGCAACACCACCAAGACCGCCCAGGUGGUGGUCAGCCAGCCGACGGUCUUCAAGCCGGCGCCUCACUCCCAGGUGCACCAGCACCGCGAGGGCGACAGCAUCAAGCUGAGCUGCAGCGCCACCACAGCCUACGGCGAUGUUCGCACCAAUGUCCAGUUCCAAUGGUACCGUGAAGAUGGAAGCGAACUGCCCCGUGGCGCCCACCCCAACAGCCAGGUGCUGGUACUGACCGCCCUCCGGCCGGAGGACCAGGGCCGGUACAUCUGCAACACCUACGACCUGGCCAGCAGGCAGCACCUGCCACCGACCUACGUCGACUUGCAAGUCAUAAGAAUUAAUUUGAAUCGGUUGAACGGCUUCAGCCCGAAAGACACGCCCUGCAUGGUUUUGUAUAUCUGUGACUUCAAGAGCAGCAGUAGUAGCAACAAACUGGCGUCGGGAAAAGGACCUUCCGGAAGCCCGCCACGUCCUUCGAUCGUGUCCUACGCCUGCCAGCCCUCGGACUUCAAGUGCGUCUCCCAUCCGCACACCUGCGUCAAGGCCAGCAUGGUGUGUGACGGGAUCUACGACUGUACGGACCACUCGGACGAGUUCAACUGCAUCGUUGGCGGGAAGGCCAGCGGAUCCCGGACGGAGAAGGGAUCGGGAAACUUCAAGCGCUGGAAGAAGAGUCGGAAGACCGGCCAGGAGGUCAGGAGCAGUCUGGAUCAGAAGAAGCUGAGGAAGCGCCAUCUAGCGUAUCUAGCCAGAAGGAGCUUCGCUGGCGGAAGUCCUGUGGAGCCACCACCAUCCCCGUACAUCCCCACCUACCUGCCGCCGUCAACGACCCGGACUCCUGUUCGAGAAUACCGCCUGAAAGUGGACCAGCAGUCCUCCAACCUUCGGGCCGGCGAGUCCACCGAAGUGGAGUGCUCCUCCACGGAGAACACCUACACGGAUGUUGUCUGGGAGAGGGCCGAUGGAGCUCCCCUUGGCCCCAACGUGAGGCAAGCGGGCAACCUCCUGAUCCUAACUGACGUCGCCCCCGCCGAUGCUGGAAAGUAUGUGUGCAAGUGCCGCACGGACGAGGGAGAGCUCUACACCACCAGCUAUGAGCUGAACGUGGAGGACCAGCCCCACGAGCUGAAGAGCUCCAAGAUCGUCCAUGCCCCGGUGGGAGGAGAUGCGCACCUCCAGUGCGGAGCGGACGAGAGCCGGCAGCCCACCUACCGCUGGUCCCGCCAGUACGGACAACUUCAGGCCGGACGUAGUCUCGUUGAGAACAAACUCUCCCUGGAUGGUGUUCAGGCCAAUGACGCCGGAACCUAUAUCUGUACGGCUUCCUAUCGGGAUGGCGAGACCGUGGACUUCCCCAGCAUCCUGGUGGUGACCGGCGCCAUACCACAGUUCCGCCAGGAGCCGCGCAGCUACAUGAGCUUCCCCACGCUGCCCGACUCCUCCUUCAAGUUCAACUUUGAGCUGACCUUCCGGCCGGAGACGGGCGACGGGCUGCUUCUCUUCAACGGCCAGACUCGCGGCAGCGGCGACUACAUAGCCCUGUCCCUAAAGGAUCGCUACGCGGAGUUCCGGUUUGAUUUCGGAGGCAAGCCGCUGCUGGUGCGAGCGGAGGAGCCGCUGGCCCUCAACGAGUGGCACACGGUUCGUGUGCAUCGCUCCCGGCGGGAUGGUUACAUCCAGGUGGACGAACAGCAUCCGGUGGCCUUCCCCACACUGUCCCAGACCCCGCAACUGGACCUGAUCGAGGACCUGUACCUGGGCGGAGUGCCCAACUGGGAGCUCCUGCCCGCCGAUGCUGUCACCCAGCAGACCGGAUUCGUCGGCUGCAUCAGCCGGCUGACGCUCCAGGGACGCACCGUGGAGCUCAUGCGCGAGGCCAAGUUCAAGGAGGGCAUCUCCGACUGCCGUCCCUGCGCCCAGAGGCCCUGCUCCAACGGAGGUGUCUGCCUGGAGAGCCAAUCGGAGCAGGCCUAUACCUGUGUCUGCCAGCCGGGCUGGACGGGCCGAGACUGCUCCGUCGAGGGCACUCAGUGCACGCCGGGAGUCUGUGGAACGGGACGUUGCGAGAACACGGAACUGGACAUGGAGUGCCUGUGUCCUUUGAACCGAACGGGCGACCGUUGCCAGUACAUUGAGCACCUGAACGAGCAGAGCCUGAACUUCAAGAGGAACAGCUAUGCGGCCUACGGCACUCCUCGUGUCACCCGGGUGAACGUCACCCUCUCCGUGCGCCCCUCUAGCCUCCGCGACUCUGUCAUCCUGUACGCCGCAGAGUCGCGCCUGCCCAGCGGCGAUUACCUGGCCCUGGUGCUCCGUGGCGGCCAUGUGGAGCUUCUCAUUAACACGGCUGCCCGUUUGGAACCGGUGGUGGUGCGCUCGUCGGAGCCGCUGCCCCUGCACCGCUGGACCCGCAUCGAGGUGCUGCGCCGCCAGGGCGAGAGCAUCCUGCGAGUCGGUGAUGCUCCAGAACGCAAGGCCAAGGCACCGGCAGCGGCCAGGACUCUGUCGCUGAAGACGCCACUGUUCGUGGGCGGCUACGAUCGGGCCACGGUGAAGAUCAACCGGGAUGUGAACAUCACAGACGGCUUCGAUGGAUGCAUUUCGAGGCUGUACGAGUCGACGAGGUCCGUGAAGCUCCUGGCGGACAUCACAGAUGCGGCCAACAUCCAGAACUGUGGCGAGCUGAACGAGAUUAGCGAGGAUGCGGACGACCUGCCCGUGCCACCGCCACCAUCGCCAGCCGAGACUCCAUCCGGAGGCGGAAGCGGCGGAGAACUGGAGCCCUAUGCCAUGGCGCCCUGUGCCAGUGAUCCUUGCGAGAAUGGCGGCACCUGCAGCGAACAGGACGAGGAGGCUGUGUGCUCCUGCCUGGUGGGCUUCAGUGGCAAGCACUGCCAAGAACACAUCCAAAUUGGCUUCAAUGCCUCGUUCCGUGGGAAUGGCUACCUGGAAAUCAAUCGCAACCAGUUCAGUGCCGAGGUGGAGCAGCAGUUCACCUCCGCCGUUGUCCUCUUCUCCACCACUCAGCCGAACGGCUUGCUCCUAUGGUGGGGCCAGAAGGCCGGCGAGGACUUUGUCGGCCAGGACUUCAUAGCCCUGGCGGUGGUCGAUGGCUACGUGGAGUACUCCCUCCGGCUCGAUGGCGAGGAGGCGGUGAUCCGCAACAGUGACACCCGGGUGGAUGACGGAAAUCGGCAUAUUGUGAUUGUGAAGCGAAAUGACAACACGGCCAUCCUGGAGGUGGAUCGCAUCCUGCAUUCGGGAGAAACGCGACCGACUUCCAAGAAGGAGAUGAAACUGCCGGGUCAUGUGUUCAUCGGUGGCAUUCCGGAUAUUGCACAGUUUACGGGCAACCGGUACACGCACAACUUCAACGGUUGCAUUGUGGUCGUCGAGGGCGAUGCCGCCGGACAAAUAAACCUGGGUCCUGCGGCCAUCAAUGGGGUGAAUGUCAACACCUGUCCCAUUGACGAUGGACCCCUGGAAGGAACCGAACCGCCAGUCGUCUAAGGACACACCAGCAAUCGAAAUUAGCUUUUUAAUUAAUUAACAAUAACACUAAAAAAAAAAACACAAGAAAACCCAAAAAAAUGAAAGAAUUUUUAUAUAUACAAUAUACGGAUAAGCCCACUACAAAAAAUCGAAUAUUAUAUGGCAAUUGCUUCUUCGAUCCUUAAGGCCAAGUUAAAGAUUGUAGCAAGAAAUAUCCCAAAACAUUUAUUUUUAAUUUUUAAAAACAAAAAAGCCAUGCAGAAGUGAAAUGAAACAGUAACAAUAAUGCAAUAUCUAGAACCUUAAGAACUAACUAAACUAACUCGAAACAAACAACAAAAAAACAACAACAACAACAACAACGCAUACUAGCCAACAACUGCAACCACACAACAACAACAACAGAAACAGGAACAACAAACAAAAAACAACAACAAAAGAAAUCAAUGCUCAAUAGUAAAGGCAUUUUAAUUAUAAUUUUAGUUUCUAGCUUUUAACUAUUACUACGACUAUUAUUAUUUUUUUUUCGUGAAAACCCAGUGUAAAAUAAUUGAAAAAUUGGUUCACACACACACAACACACACACACAUACAUAUGUUAUGGAUUAAAUAUUAAAUUGAUAUUGAUAUAAAAAAAUAAUAAUAAAAUGCAACUAUUGUGAACGAACGAAAACUGUUGAGUGGAUAAAACGCAAAAAAAACAAAAAGCAAGCAGAAAAUAUAUGGAAAUCAACAAUAA